AUGGCGGAGGCGCAAAGGGAGACUUGUGGAAAGUGGAAUGCAGAUCAUGUGAACAUGAUGAUGGCGGCUGCCACAGCAGAUCAUGAGAUUCACCUUUGGGACCUAGAGACCAUGGAGUUGAAGGUCUCGUUGAAGGGACACAGCGACCAAGUUUGGGAGGUGAAGUUUUCCACCAACGAGACCACCUUAGCUUCAGCCAGCAGCGAUAAAACGCUUCGCCUUUGGGAUACCCAAGAUGGGAGUCCAUUGGGAGUCCUGCGGGGCCACACUGCUGCCAUUAGGUGUUUAAGCUUCUCCUAUGAGGGAUAUCUCAUCUCUGGAGACCAGGAUGCCAACUUGUUUCUAUGGGAAGCCGAGAAUGCGCAGCCCAUCAAACAAUGGCAAGCUCAUGAAGGUUGCGUGCACAGCGUCACAUUCUCUCCGGCGGAUCCGCUUAUGGCGAUUUCCGUCGGAGCAGAAGGAUCCGUGGCAUCGUGGUAUGUGAAGCGGGAAGAAGACGACGUGGUACUGGGCGGUCGUUUUCCAGGUGGUGAUGGGGGUGCAGUCUUAAGCCUCACAGCUCAUCCUGCCUAUCCCGGUGUGGUCGCUGUUGGAUGUGAGGAUGGAGACGUCUGGAUUUGGGGCUUCAAACCAGACUUCCAAGAAGGCAAUGCUGAUGUGGCAGGUCACACCAAGCUCAAGGGACACACCAAAGCUGUGUGGUUUCUGGAGUUCUCUCGUGAUGCUUGUUUGCUGGCCUCGGCAUCUGCUGAUUGCACAGUCCGGGUCUGGAACGCCACCAAUGUUCAGUUGCCUUCCCUUCUGUCUGUGUUUAGAGCACACGACUCGUGGGUGAGACAAGUGCGAUGGUUCACCCAACCGGGAAAAGGUCUCGGCCGCAAACGGCUGUUGGUCACCUGCUCCACGGAUGGCUCGGUCUCCAUCUGGGCACCUCCCGGCCGAUUGCGCAAGAUCAACAAGUUGCAGGCAGCGCCCAACUUCGGCUGCAAAGAUGUUGGUUGCGAGGCAGAAGUGGUUCAACUCCCCUUGGUUGCACAUGAAGAAACUCCGCAACCAGGCUCUAAGCUUCCUCCUGCUCCUCUUGCACUUCCAUCGUCAGAGACACAGCUGCAGCCCAUGCCGGAGGAAACCGCCACGCCACGGGACCCAAGGGACCCACGGGACCCACGGGACCCACGGGACCCACGGGACGCUGUUCCGCCCCAAGCAGCGCCUCCUGCGGCGGCGCCAAUGCCUUCGCAGACGGCCAUGCCGCGGGAACCGGCGCCCACGCCGCCCACGCCGCCCACGCCGCCGACACCGGAGAUGACGGGGACCGCGGGGACUGCGGGGACCGGGAAAACGAAGGGCACUGCAGUUCCAGUGGCACCGCCAUCCGCUGUAAAAGCACCAGAAGGUGCUGCUUUGGGACCCGUGAGGGAAGGAGUUGGUUCUCAACCAAAGCCGGGACCGUCGCCACCAUCUGCUGGAUCAGCCCCCAGAGGUGUGGCGGGGCCAGCACCACCAUCUGCUGGAUCAGCUCCAAGAGGCGUUGCCAUCGGACCAGUCAGUGAAGGUGUUGGUUUCAGGUCGGCUUCGAAGGGUUCCAAAUCGCUCAACUCCACGAUGACGUGA